AUGCAUCUUGGAUGGUCACGGAGAACUGGAGUUCCCUUAUAUGCUUCUUCAUUGGAUUUAUACAGAACAGGGAUUCGAUUGUCUAUAAUCGGAGACGCGAGUCAGCUCCCCAAGUCAUUGCAGGACUUAAUAGAUAAAGCAGUAAUGGCUACAAAAGCAAACUCCCGACUUCAUAUCCUUGUUGCAAUUAACUAUAGUGGACAGUAUGAUGUUGUACAAGCUUGUCAAACCAUUGCUCAAAGAGUGAAGGAUGGCAAUAUCGAACCCGAAGACAUUAAUAGUUUACUAGUAGAACAGGAAUUACAAACAAAAUGUACUGAAUUUCCAAGUCCUGAUUUACUUAUAAGGACUAGCGGAGAGUUGAGACUUAGCAAUUUCUUACUUUGGCAGUUGGCUUAUACUGAACUCUUCUUUUCUCAUUCACAAUGGCCUGAUUUUGGUGAAGCUGAGUUUUUAGAGGCUUUAUGUUCUUUUCAGCAAAGACAGAGGCGCUAUGGCGGACAGAGUUCCUAGCAUCACGCUAUGUGAAACAAGUUCGGGGUAUGUUAUAGAAUGUAUAUAGACGUUAUCCAUUAGAUAGUUAUAUUUAGGUAAGGGCGUAUUGGGUUAACGUGCACCCGUGCUCCUUUCUCUAAACCAUAUAUACAAAUGUAUAUUUAUACAAAAUUACUUUAGUAUAUGGGUGCAUCUAAGCUCAAAUUCGAGGCAUGUCUUGUUAUUGGCUGCAUUUCUAUAAGUGAAAUUGACGGUUCAAAUUUCAUUGAA